CUGGCGAUAUAAGAGGCACAUCUAAUAUCGUAUCUGUGAGCAGUUUUUGAUCUAAUGGGCCAUCUCCCGUUAUUGUACACGCCAGAUCUUAAUUUCACUUUCACCGCAACAGAACAUUGGUGUCGGGCUCCUGGACCCUUGCACAAUGAAACCACACACGCCGCUGAUGGAAGGCACUCCACACACUAUAAUAGCAUGCACAAAUUGGAUAUGGUAUAGUUUGACAUUAACCGACGUUACAUUGAUUGAUUCCACAUGUUGUGGCAAAUACACAGUGUUCUAUUCAUUCAAAACACAGGGAGGACUCAACAGCUGCAACAAAGUUAGCAAUAGAAUAUCCUCUAACGUUAGCUAGCUUGCUGAGCUGUAGGUAACUGUAGAGUGAUUAACACUGCAUGGGAAAACCAAGUGUGAAGGGAGUCUUGUCAGUAGCAAUCAAACUAAAAAGAUAUCAGUGCAACAGCGUUCGUUUUCUGACUGCAUUUCCACAGCAGGAUGGCUGUAAACGAAAGCCGCUCACUGGCUAACUGGUACUAUCGACAUAGCAAGUGUCACCCAACUGCAUUAGCGACCAUCCCUCGUAAGGUAUGCUUCUGCCCAUUGUUGAUCCUGAAAUGGAAAAGCUUGCUCAACAACUUGUUCAAAGCGACUGGAGCACAGUUGAGUUGUGCUUGUCAUGAUCGUGGUUGAUGGUUUGCCACAGUAAACACAUUUUUCCUGCAAAGGUCAUCUUCUAAUGGACCAUGGUACACCUUGGAGGUGCAGUUGUUUUGCUUCUUCUGUCCUUGAUAAGCAGCACUGAGCCGAUGGAGAAGUGCCCAGAGAAUGCAGACCUUUCAUUUUUGGAGAACCUUACUCCGGCUCCAGGAAAGAGCAUUGACAUGUCUGUUGGUUCACUUGAACCUUUGUACAACUUUGCACGGCUUUUUAUAGAGGCAGUUCAGCCAAACAAUUUUCCAUUAGAGCUUGCCAUUAAUGCUUCCAGAAAUGUACCGCUGAACAUAUCUUUGCUUGUGGAAUAUGAGGCGGGGUAUCUGGUUUGUCUCAUACUAGCCAUCCUCUAUGUUCUCAUCAUGCCAGUUGUGGGUGGAGUGCUUGCUUGGAAUCAUUUACAUCUGAAAAAGCGUUCACCCAAUAAGACAUCAACAGCAUCCUCAAUAUGUCCCCACAUGGUCAUCAUUUUGGAAACAUGUCUAGCAGUUGUUGUUAUUUUAUUGCUGACUGGUGUGAUUCUGGCCUUCACGACCAACAACAAGGUGCGAGAAAACAUGAAGCCCAGCUUGGAACAACUCAGUACUGAUAUCAAAAAGGUUGAUGACAUUUUGAAGCUGAUCCCAAAGAAUACAAGGGCAGUUAUUAAUGGAUUUUCCAUUCCUAAAAGAGAGAUUACAAAGGAAUUAAACGAAACUGGAAAUGUCAUUGGUGAAACACUUAUCUCAAGUUUUGACAGAAGUGUUCGCGAAGCUCUCUCAGCACUGGCUCUAUCAGUUCAAGAUGCCAGUGGGGCUCUGACUAACCUGGAGAAAAUGGAAAUGAAAAGAAAAGACCUACAGGCUCGCCAUAGAGUCAUUCAACUAAGACUGCAAGCCAUUCAGUCUGAACUUCAGAGGAUCCAAACUGGCUGUCCUGACUGUAAUGUCUCAGAUGCUAGCAACCUGGAAACAGUGGCUGACUUCCACCAGAUUCCAAGUGUGCAACCACAACUUGACCAACUAAAUGGAUUUUCUAGCAUUCUAGCAACAAAUAUUGUGAGAGAGGGUAAUUUGUCCUUCUAUUCCAUUCCCCAAAUAUGUAGUAAUCAACUGGAACCAACAAUAACAGAGCUUGUUCUAGACCUGGAGGACUCUGAGGAGUAUUUGAGGAAUAGUAGUGGCCGGAUUCCCACCUUGCGAUCGCUCUCAAACUCAGUGUCAAGUCUCAGGCUAGCUGUACAGCAGUACCGGAGAGAUGUGGAUUACUAUGACUAUGUCAGGUGGGCAGUGGCAGUUGUCUUCUGCAUGCUCAUUUUGGUCAUAGUGAUUCUGAUGGUUGUUGCACUCUGCCUCGGACUGCCAAUAGAAUAUUUUCCCUCUCUCUACUCCUCCCUCACAAAAGAUCGCUUUAAGCACACAGCAGUUUACCUGCUCAGAAGUGCUGUUGUGAUGACCUUUUUCUUCUCCUGGCUGUUUCUCAUCCUGGUGUUCAUCACCCUGUUAAUUGGUGGCAAUGCUCACACCCUCGGAUGCCGAAGUUGGAAGAGUGGGGCCCUUUUUGAGUUGCUUGACCAGUGGGAAGACCUCUUCCUUGUGGGCCCAGGCUAUAACACCACAUAUGGAAUCAACUCCACUCAUACCACAAACUUUAGCCAAGAACUCAACAGCACUCAAAAUAUCAAAGUCAAAUUCCAGGCGGCUGAGGUGUACCAUGGCUGUAUGAGAGGAGAGUCUCUUUUCUACAGCAUGCACAUGCAUGAGGUUUUAAACAUGGAUGCAUUCCUAAACGCCAGCAAGUACCUGGGGGUAUUUAAUCAAAGCUUCCAAACCCUAAGUGUUAACCUGGAUGGUGUCACUCUUCUUCAACCUGAUGGCAGACAGGCCUUGCUGAAGUUCAAAAGUAGUACACUGAAUCUGAUCAAAUACACUGCACUUCUAGACCUGCUGAGUCAACCCGUGGUGGGAACUGACCUCACAGCUUUUGCUGAGGGACUGGAUAAGGCUGCACAACUGCAAGGAAAUGAAACGGUCAAGGAGGAUUUGAAGAAAGUGGCAAACAUGACAAGAAACCUUACUCAGUUGGUUGAGCUACAGGAAUUAGAUGCAAGAGAAAUGAGCACCAGUGUGAGAUCCAUGAGGGAGAUAAGUCAGAAGUACCAGGGUAAUGCAGAUCGUGCCCUGAAUAGUAUCACUGAGACAGAGGAAGCAAUACAUUUACAGACUCCAUACAUCGUGAGAAAUGUGUCACAGUGUGUGCUGAAGAAAGGAGAGCGCUAUAUUUCAGAAUACCUCGACUGGGUUCGCAAUGCGGUCAUAAAUAUGGUUUUGGAUUGUAAAUGGCUUCCUGUGUCAGUAGACAAUAUCUACACAGCAGCAUGUCUCAAUAUAAUUGAUCCUUGGAAUGCAUUCUGGCUGUGUUUAGGUUGGUGUUGGGCAUUGUUGAUCCCUGGAGUAAUUCUCAGUAUUCACACAGCCAGGCACUGGUGGCAGGCAGUGCCCAAGUCCCUCAGCGUCACUCUGAAGGAUUUGGACAGUAGCCCUGGAAUGACUAAGUCUUACAAGAGCCUGAAGUAAGCAGUGGACAUUUUGCCGUGAAUAUGGCAGUGCUGACUGCGAUGAAGGCAAAGCAUGUGAAGACACUUUAAUAUGAUAUUGGAUUUUAUCUUGAGGCCAAUAAACCAACUUGUUUGUGUUUUAUCUGGUAUGGUAUAUGGUAUAAAAUUAGGUUUAAGUUUGAAGUAUUUUGCCAAACUCUUUUGUCCAGAGCUAGAUUAUAAGGCUGCCUGGAUAUUUGAAGGCUACUCUUGUUUUGUUGGUUUCCUCUGGUAUUGGAAUAUUCAGGGAUACAAAUUGUUUAAAUAAAGGGAAUUAAAAAAUGAAA